CACCCAUUAAACUUAUUGAAGAAAUCGUCAAAGAAAUUAAAGAAUCUGGUAAAGAAAAGAUUGACCCUUAUGAUACUACUUAUUUCAAGAAAGGAUUAGAAAGUUAUUGCGAUCAACCAUUCAAUUGUGAUCCUCGAACCGCUAAAAAAUAUUGGACAAAAAUUGAACAAGUUUGUGCUAAAGAAUUGAGUUAUAAAGUAGAUUGGAGCGGUGACCCUAGGAAGGUGGAUAGAACUACGCUUCUAGCCUUUGGCACUUUAUUGAGUUAUUAUUUCGGAAUUCCUGAACACCAUGCUUAUUGUUAUAAGUCUCCUCACUCUGAUGAAUUUUGCGUGGCUGAAAUUUACGAGAACUUCGCGGAGUAUGUCAAGAAAGCCACUAAUGAAGAUCCGAAUCCUAUUUUUUCCUUAGAUUUCAAAUACGUUUUCAAGAGUGAUGGUACUAAAAUACCCAUUCCUAAGAAACUUUUAUGCGAUGAAGAAUGUUACAAAACAGUGGUUAAAAUGUACAAAUCUUGGAUCAAACAUUACAAAUUAAGUCCCAAAGUAUUCGAAAAUAUUUUCGGUUCUGAAGAUGAAUUUAUUGACUAUCUUAGUUGUAAAGCUGAUGAUAAACGAGAUAUUGUCAGAAGAACAACAGGUUCUUACUUAUCACCUCUUC